AUGCAAAGGAUUUUUCGAAUAACAUUGAUUAAAGUGUGUAUUUUCCUUAAGUAUGGGAGUGAUGGGAGUGGUAGAGACUUAGCACUGAGGUUACGGUUUCGGAUACUCGAAGAUCAUGCUUUCAUAAAUUGCGCAUAUGGUUCAAAUUUGACUCAAGAUGGCGUUGUUGAAUGUGAAGCAGCUUAUUGUGCAUCACAAGGGUUAUUGUUCGGCGCUGUUGGUGCUGUUUCUCAUAUUCGCAAUCCGAUUAUCGCAGCUUCACUUAUUGCAAAGCAGCAAGAAAUAGUGGAUCCAAAUGGCUUGAUACCUCCAUGUGUUUUGGUCUCUACCGGUGCAGAAAAAUGGGCCAAAAAUAUGGGAGUGCAAAUGUGCGAUCCAGAAGAUUUGAUAUCUGAUAAAGCUAAGUCAGUCUGGCAGAAAGCAAACAAAUUUCUCUCAGCCAAACGCGAACUAACUCCUUCCGAAGUCAGCAUGGAUACAGUUGGUGCAGUAUCAGUAAAUGCAGAUGGCACAUGCUUUGCUGCUUGUUCUAGUGGUGGUGUUCUUAUGAAGAUACCUGGGAGAUUAGGACAUUCUACACACGUCGGAGGAGCAAUAUGGGCUGAACAGCGUGAACACCUUAGUAUUGCUGUAGCAUUAUCAGGAAGUGGUGAAAUGAUUGCAAGAAAUAUCCUGGCAUAUAAAAUAGCAUCAUCAUUAUUCAAAAGGCAAGAUUUCAGGAGUCCGCACAAUCCACUACCACUUGAAAUUGUUAAAGGAGUGGUUGAAAGGGAUUUUUUGGACAGUUUUUGGACUUCAAAAGGAUCUCAUAAUUUCGUUGGAGGUCUGGUUCUUUUCUUUGAUCGAGAUAAACAUGCAGGCGAACUUCUUGCAUUCCACAAUACAUCCUUCUUAGAUUUCGCUUGUGGUUAUAGUUCUGAUUCGACUAUUCGUCGAUGUCGUUUAAAAUCUUCGCCACAUAAUUUAAUUUUAAACUCUACAACUUUUCAUAUGAAUUCUUCAAAUGAUAAAAUUGAUGAAAAUUUUUAA